AUGUGGAACACCACGUGGGUCAACAGGGCUGUAUACGAACGGUUGGCCGAUGGCACCAGCACCGUGCCAGACGCGGGGCAUUUCAUCAGGGUAAACGACAUGGAUGGACGAAGGGCUCAGACUGAAGUACGGCGUGAUGCUGGGUCUUUCCCGCAUGAUUCGGACGAAGAGAUGAUGAAGGAUACGGGUAUUAUCCCGAUCACCAGCGUCAUGAGCAAGGUGGCCUUCAGGAGGGACACAAUCAUCCAGGAAGGGAAGGCAGUGCAGAGAACGUCCAACCUUGGCUCACUCCAAAACCUGACCGGUCACAAGGCACAAUGA